ACGAACAAUUUCUUUGUAAAUGAUCUUUAAGAAGAGAUCUUUUCCGUUUCCACGAGCGAACGCUAAGAUUCGCGCAUAGAAGCAGUUUUUGGUAAAAGAAAUUUCCAAUUUCUUUCUAACGCCGCAUAAUCUUUGUAUGGACGAAUACGCGGAUGCGCGUUAAAAACAAUUUGUUACAACUAACAAUGCACGUGUAGAUAGGAGCGAUACAUCAUCGUUUAGGUUUUCUUUCGAUUAUCCGAGCGUAAUUUAUUCUGGCGUAACGAUCGUGGGCGGGUGCGGGCGAUCGCCGUCGUACACGAAGAUUUUUCAAUUCCGUACGGACAGCGUGGACCGGCGUGCGUGCUUGGAUAUUGAUUUGCGAAUGAUUUAUAUACGAUGCCGUAAUAUCGUGUCUUCCCAUUUCUUCUCUCGACAAAACCCCUCCAUCGUCGUGUAGCGAACUAACGGGACUUUGCGGCGCUCUUAAGGGAAUCCGUCCCAGAGCGUAUCAAUGCGCUUUCCACGUUCCAUUCCUUUUUUCUUCGAACGUUCAAGAGCGCUCGACGUUCCGCGAGAUUUAUGACUUUCGUUCUAAUCUAUCCUUGCGCAUCCUGCCCGUCGUCGAUCGCAUUUCUACGACGCCGUUGGAUCUCGUCUUAUUUCCUAACGAAACCGAUACUCGACUCGAUCUCUCUUCUUCGUUUAUCGAAGCGGCGUACAAGACCCAAGCUAAUAUUCAUACCUUGAUCCGGCAACGAUCAGUCUUUUUCACGUCCCACGUAAAAGGCUUAUCUCGUCGCUUCCGGUGUAAUGCUUUGCGGAAAGGUUGGAACAUGAUUUUUCCUUCCCCUAUCUUUUUCCCUCUCUCUUUCUCAUCGUCUACCAUGGGCUUUUUAUCUUUUGUACGGUUCUAGUUGGUAGAUUUUUCUUAACGAUUAGUCGGUAGACGACGUUUAACGACAACGUAAAGUAUUGCGAAAGCGGAUAUUCGAAAGCUAACGGUUUCGUUCCGUUUAGUGCGCAGCACACAUAGGAUCGAACUAUCAAAAGGAUUUCCGGGGCGAGAAGACGGACAAUACUUACUAAUACCGUCUAAUGGCGCUCGCUGUAGCCUCUCGCGGUAAUAGGCUCUACGCGAUAACGAAACGAGAUCGUACGCAAGGGCAUUAGAUAAAUUAAUCGGGACGUUGCGUUGUACUGCGUUAUUAACGAGAUCGACGGACAGGCUCGUAGAGAACUAAUGCAUCGCGGGAAUGAAAAUUCAAUGCGUACCGCCGAAAUAGCAUCCUCGGGAUAGCGAAAUGGGAUUUAAUUUCGAACGUUGUUUCUUACUUUCAACUAGUCGCUUUUGAAGCGAUUGAACGUCAAAUGAAACGAAAGCUAGGAUCGGGUUGAAAAUUCGCUCACGUUGAAAGGGUCGCCGCAAUCGCGAGGGAUCUUUUUGUAUAUUAGGAUCUUUGAGAUAUACUUUAUUGCGACGAUUCUUAGGCAAGGAAAAAAGGCUUUCGCAAGGAGAUUCAUCGUAGACAAGGCAGCCAUGCUAGCUGCUGCUUUUGAAUUCGAUCCACGCGUGCACGUAUCACAGGCACGCGCAAUGUUUUAUUCACAUUGUAUUUGUAUCGCCGUCCGAAUAUCCUGCCAGUGCCAAAAGCGAUUCCGCGCAGAGAAAGGAACACUUUUGUCGAGAAAGUAUUUUUCAAAAAUGUCGUCAAUUUUCCUUUCGUCUCUCUUUUCUCCGCUCGUCGUCCGCUCUCUUUCCUUUGUCAUUGCAGAAAAGCUUUCAUAAUAGAAUUUCUUAGCUACUUUAUAUAGCAGCUUUAUUCGAAAAACCUUGAAUAAGUAAUUAAUCGCAAAGCUCUAGGUUAAGUUACGUCCUUACUCGAUCGGUGCGAGCCUUCUCGCUGAAUACGAAUUAAUAGAAUUCUUUAGAGACUCUACCGCCGGUGACGAGCGUUUCGUACACUCGGAACUUUGAACUCGCGCUCCCUGCCACCACCUCCCAACUUUAUUUCAUAAACAGCAAAAAGUUUAUUCCUUAAGAGGAUGCGAGCGUAAUGUUGAAGCGGCGCGAAAACGAUCGAGUAAUUUAAAGAAAAUCUUUUCCCGCGAAAUUAUACGUACGGCGAUUAAAUGCGAAUUAAAAGAUCAAGGAUACCGGCGGUAGAUUUGCAGAAAAAAAAUUACAACAUCGAGUCAUUACGCUCGUAUCGUAUCGUCGAACGCAAAACGCAUCGAAUGCGAAAUUGAGCGAUGGAAUCGGAUUUUGGAACGUAUCCAUCGAUCGAGCGGAAAGAGACGCGCGUGAAAAUGUAACAAUCGCCGUUGCAUGGCGUAGAAUCCUUGCUGAUCGACGUUAUCGCCGUUACGACGGGGGUAGAUCGGAGAAAAGGGCGAGGAGAAGGGAGGUGAAGAGAGAGAGAGAGAGAGAGAGAGAGAGGCGAAAAGGUCGUCGACGCUCGACAACGAGCGACGAGGUGGCCCGCGGUUCGUCCUCGAUUUUGAAGGUUUUCGGACCACGUUCGAUGCGAAAUUACAAUGAUGUACGUACGCACCGAGCGAAAGCAAUUUAUUACACCGCAUUUCCGCUACGUAGGUUUACCCAACGAAGUUAAUGACUAUCGCCGGAUCUAUUUAGCGCAUGAAACGAUCGGCAGCGAUUCGCUACUAUCUCACGAAUACGGUAUUUUAUUAACGUUUAUCGCGCGGUGCGACGUACGAUCGAACGAUCGGACACACAUGCUUUACAACGGUUCAGAAUUUAAGGUUCCGCGUCUCUUCGUAAGAUCUUUCGCGCGAUUGGAGGAGGCCGAAGAAGAUUGAAGAUAAAAAAGCGAAGAACGCGUAUGGGAAUCGUAAGAAAAAAGGUGAGAACGAGGUUACGAUUCACGGUACGGUACGAUCUAGAUAAUUCGCCCAUUUAUCUCAUCCUUCUUCUCUUUGCCGCGGACCAAGCACUUGUUCGUUUAUCGGUCCCUCCUGCUCCUUAUCGUCGCGCGCUUGCGCCUUUUCCUUUUCUUCUCUUACCUCAAUUCACACGGUUACAUACACGCGCAAGCGUUCCAAGGGAAUCCACAUUUUCUCUUAUCCGCGUCCUCACGGUUCAAGUUCGCAGUCAUUCCACGUGGUUCCACCUCGGCUAAUAAACGACCUGAGGGAUUUCGUACGUCUUAGAAGCUUCUCUUUCGCACUCCACUUCUCUCUCUCUCUCUCUGUCUCUCCCUUUUUUCUCGUUUCACAGGCAGGUAUUAUCGAAACGUCUACUAUAUCGAUCCGAGUCUGCGAUGAGAGAGAGAGAGAAAGAGAGAGAGAGGUAGGUAGGAUCGAAUUACGGUAAAUUAUCGAGAAAAAUUGUCUAAAUUUUGUAUAAUACGACGACGUGUCGGUAUCGACAGUUUUCGACACGAUUUUCAAAACUCUUAACCUUUCUCGUUCUCGACGUACUCUCGAAAGUGCAAGAGGUUCCACGUCGAUCUCGUUCGUUUUGAUUUCGGUCGUUCGAGUGCGACCGAGAUCGAUCGUAGAAGAGAAGGAAACGAAGAGAGAUACUUUGUAAAUCGACCUGUAGCAGAGCGAGAAACUAAUGUAGCCGGGCGUUCAUUAACAUACGAGGGUCGUUGGUAUCGUCGUGGCUGCAACGACGCCGACGAGUAAUUACGCACGCCUAACGCGCCUGUGUAGCCGACUAACAAAGUUGUGUGCAUGCGCGCGAGUGUAAACGCGUGCGGUGCGCCUACGUUACGACGCGUAGUAGCGUGUCGUAGUCUCGUGGUCGAAGGGGUGUACGAAGGGAGUCGGAAAUCGGCAAGGCGGGAAGAAAGGUGAAAGAAACAGACGUAAAGAGAAAAAGAUAGAGGAAAGAGGAAGGAGGCGAGAGCGAGAGAGGAACUCGAAGAGCGCGUAGUAGCAGCGUCGUCUACCUGCCGUUCCUUCGCUAGUUGCAAGAGGAUAGUUGGGGAGAUAGUCGAGGGGGUUGCGCCGCCGCCGCCGCCGCCGCCGCCGCCGCCGCCACCGCCGCCGUCGACGCACAUCGACGUGCCGGCGCGAAGAGAAAGGGAGACCCAGAGAGGGGAUGGUAUAGGGCGCUGCCGAGAAGAGUCCGACGUGGUUGACGUUGACUCUCGUUUCGUAGUAUUGCUCUUGCCGCUGGUGGUGGUGGUGGAGGUGGUGGCGGUGGCGGUGGCGGUGGCGGUGGCGGUGGUGGUGGCAUGGAUCGCUUCCAGUGUUCGCGCGGCCGCUCCCUGUCGCACACGGACUACUCACCCCGACGCUGCCGGCGUCGCGACGCUCCAGCUAUCGCCGCCGAAAACGUGCUCGGAGCGCGCCGUCACCGACCGACCGCCGGCUUCGUUCGUCUUACUUUUUAUUUUCUUCCAUCUUUCUCCUUGUUACCUUCUUUUUUCUACUUCUUUCGCAGUGACAUCGUGCGAGAUCGUGCGAAAUAUAUGUAAAAUUCGGCCGAUCGUUUUUCGCGCAAACCCGACGCGUGGAGCGCGACGCGACGCGACGCGACGCGACGCGUUUCCUUUCUCUAAGAGAGAUACGGCUCGAUUCUGAUCUUACCUGACAGCUACCUCGGCCGAGGGCUCUCGUGUUACGGGUUAUCGACGUUCCUUGUUUUCUCCUGCAGGAAGUUUCUCGGGCGAAAGAAAGACGGAGCGUCGAAGUUUUCUAUCGUUGGCAGAGAAUAGUUGGAGGAAAAUUUCUGCUUCUGUCGCAUAAAACUCUGCUCGAGUUUCACGUUUCAAGGGCCAGAGUCUGUACGCGAUAACUCGUCCUCGCAUCGAGCAACGCUCUAGACAUAUCAAACGAGAUGGGAUCGACCAAAGAAGAGAGAGAUAUCAUUUUUUAUCGACGCGCAUAUCGCUACUCGUAAGAAGCCUUAUCGAUGACGAGCGACUAAAACCAACAAGUGUCUUAAAUCAACAAGUACCAACUGCCAAGGUCGUCGCAGCGAGCGGAAAUCUACACUAGUCCGUGGUGCUAACAGAGCAUUCUCCUUUCUACGAGCUAAAGAUCGGAAUCGAAAAGGAAAUUCGAGGGGAAAGACACUCGCGAUCCUCUCGCGAUCGGUCCCCCGAUAAUCGAUGAGAGAAACGUGCGCUUCGUAUCGCGUUCGAACGAGUCACGAAAGUCGAUUGUUUUGAGAAGAGGAAGAGGAAGAGGAAGAGGAGGAGGAGGAGGAAGAAGGGGAAGAAGUAUCGUUAAAGGAGAUUCCAAAAGAACACGUUUUUCCACUUUUUCACGUAUUUAUCGUAUUUCUCUCGAGGAUCGUGACGAGCCACCGUUCAUCGAGAUUUCUCUUUUCACGAAGAAUAUCGAUCUCGAGUGUCGAGUACGAUCGAACGUUUGUUAUUAGCAGUAAGAAUAACGAUAUAAAUUCGUCCGAGUUGGCAUUCGAUAGCAAAGGAUACGCGCGAACGUUUCCUAACGGCCGCGGUCAAUCUCCCGAAGGACCGUCCUUCGGAUCCAACGAGGCUGAUUAUUCCAGCAACGAUUGGAUCGGAGCCAACGAGACGGUGCUUGCCACUUUCGAACACAUUUUCCUCCGUUAUUGCUUUCGUCGUUAACGAACUGCGCGAACUCGAGAAAAAUUAAAGAGAGGAAUUUUAUUAACGGCGAAUUCAAAUGCAAGACAAAUAUACGAAAGGAAGAAGAUAGAGAAUAAAAUAAGGAAGCUUAAGAGGGUAUAUUUGACGGGAAUCAUUGGUGACCUCGAUCGGGCCUUAAUUGAAAAGCUCCCGAUAGGAGUCCGUCGAGAUAGUAUUAUCUCUCUCUCUCUCUCCCUCUCCCUCUAUCUCCUACUCCCUUCCCCUCUCUCUCUCUCUCUCUAGCUCUCAUCGAUGUGGUCGAUCUCGUGGGAGUAUUAAGAUCCAUCCCGGCAUCUCUCCGUUAGCCUCGUUUCCUCCCUCAGCCGUAGAGAGCAUCUCGUAGCCAUCGAAUUCCAAUUAUGUCGCAACAUCGAAGAGGCUCCGUACACGGAGCUAGUCCCGUUCCAGGUCAUCCUCCUGCUAACAAUCUUCCCAUCUCCGCUCAUGAGAUUCAAACGAGAGGGAUACCUUUGCCCGGAAUGGUACCAUCGCGCUCGAUCCACGGCAGCCCGAUGCAUGGCAAUCCAAUUCAUGGGUUUGUCAAUCCACUCGGACCAGCCGGUAUCGUUCAUCCACCUCCCACGCAUCCAACGGCGCUCGUAUCCGGAAUUUCUCAUCGUCCGGGAGAGACCGCGCACCAAGGUAGCGAUAAAGUCGUACAACAGGGGCCGACCUCGUCGUCCUCGGGCUCGCCUUAUUCCUCGCACGGUUCUCCGAUGAGAACACCGAUGAGUUCUGGUCAUGGAACGCCGCAGGAUUCGCCGCAUGUGACGAGACAUCGUAGAGACUCGGAACACUCGGGUUCGUCGCCACCGAUCGGUGGUAUAUCGUCGAGACGCGGCUCUACCGACGUCAUUAUUGGACCUUCUUCGAUCCAGGAAGGUCACCAUCAUCCCUCCGGAUCACCCGGUGCUCGUGCACGACGCCGAUCCGACUACAGCCCUCAUCAGGUAAAAAGAGAAAAAAAGAGAGGAAAGUAAAAAAAGAGCUGACUUUAUGAGGUACCAAAGAAGGAUCUCCGUUUCUCGAGGAGGCUGAAAAAGUGGGAAAAGACGUGCGAUGUUUCCGAAAGUAGCAAUUCUCGGUCAAAGAUCGUUCCAAGUAGGAGGCAUUGGAAUUUUUGUGUUUGCCGAGGACGGAGAAGCCUCCUCUAUCCUGCGAAUUCGAAACUCGCAGAGUUUCGAGGAUGUAAAA